CCUGUUCCUGGUGCUGCUCUCAGGGCUGGCUGCAGCUCUCAGGCCGCUAGGCAAACGUUGCUCUGGAGAUGCCAACAUGCAGUCUCAGUGUUAGUGGUGCAGUCAACAGGAAGGAAUGCAUGAGGUGGCUGCUGCUGUAGGAAGGGGGUGGGGAGCAUGAGGCACUGUGACAGCAGAGAAAUGCAGCAGCCCUGAGUAAGGGAUUUUGAAAAUAAAAAUUGUGGAAAGACUGUAGGGAGCAUAGAAAGGCAGGAAGGGUGGACAAACUAGGGUGUUCCAGAGCCACCCAAGCUGACAGAUAAGAGUGGGGAUGGUGUGUCUGCAGCCAGCGGCUUCCACUAUCUGCAGCCUGCAAGUCCCUCCAUGGUGGGGGACAUGGUGCUUGAGCUGCUACCAGGCACAACUGGGGACAAACACUAUAAUGUGGUCAGGGGACAGGUUUGCAGGUGGGUAAAGGGGCUUUUGCUGCAUGGUGGCAGAUGGAACGUGUCCAGUGUGGCCCUGGAGCAGCACUGGGUGCGGCUGUACCUGCUUUUCUCACUGCCCUUUUGUCUGCAUUUGCUUUGUUCUGCCACUCAGGGAACAGGAUGGAGCUCCAGUUUCUUGUGAAGCCAUUCAUUCCUCUCCUAAAAAGGACAGUUAAAUACCACGAAAAGGACAGACAGCUAAGACCCUCUAAAGCUCCUGUCAAAACAGCUGCAUGUCCAUACAAAAGUUGAUCCAGCUGAAGGAACAAAUUUCAGAGCCAUGACUGUGCCCUUGGGGCUGCUGCUGGCCCUGUUGGGCUACAUCACGGCACUGGACCCUGCACUGGAGGAGGCCUGGGAAGGGUGGAAGAGCCUAUAUGCCAAGGAGUACCCUGGGGAGGCUGAGGUCAUCCGCAGGGAGGUCUGGGAGAAGAACCUACGGCGCAUAGAGCAGCACAACUGGGAAGAGUCACAGGGGCAGCAUACGUUCCGCCUGGGCAUGAACCAUUACGGGGACCUGAUGGACGAGGAGUUCAACCAACUCCUGAAUGGCUUCACCCCAGUGCAGCAUGAGGAGCCAGCACUGACCUUCCAGGCAUCGGCAGCUCAGAAGACCCCAGCAGAAGUGGACUGGAGGGUGAGAGGCUACGUGACACCCGUAAAGAACCAGGGGCACUGUGGAUCAUGCUGGGCAUUCAGUGCCACAGGGGCCCUGGAGGGACUUGUCUUUAAUUGGACGGGGAAGCUGGCAGUGCUGAGUGAGCAGAACCUCAUCGACUGCUCCUGGAAGCUGGGCAACAACGGUUGCCAAGGUGGCUACAUGACCCGUGCCUUCCAGUAUGUGCAUGACAAUGGUGGCAUGAACUCCGAGCACGUCUACCCCUACGAGGCCACAGACACCUCUAGCUGCCGAUACAACCCUGGGGACAGAGCAGCCAACUGCUCCACAGUCUGGCUGGUGGCGCAGGGCAGUGAGACAGCGCUGGAGCAGGCAGUGGCAACUGUGGGCCCUGUGUCUGUGGCAGUGGAUGCCAGCAGCUUCUUCUUUCACUUCUACAAAUCAGGCAUCUUCAGCAGUAUGUUUUGCAGCCAGAAGGUGAACCAUGGGAUGUUGGCUGUGGGCUAUGGUACCAGCCAGGAGGGCAAGAAGAAUGUGAGCUACUGGAUCUUAAAGAAUAGCUGGUCAGAGGUGUGGGGUGAGCAGGGCUACAUCCGCCUGCUGAAGGGAGCCAACAACCACUGUGGGGUGGCCAACCAAGCCAGCUUUCCUCUGCCGUGAGAUCCUGGACUGGAAGGAAGAUGGCACUCACUGGGAUUGCUCCCCUGCCUUGCUGUGAGGAUAGGGAUGCUUCCUUCAGGAAGGGGCUUUUGUCUGUGUGAAAAACAAUUAAAAAUGGCAUAGCUAA